CCUCUAUAUAUACAUAUCCACAUUCUACAAGCCCUGCACUGGGUCCCUAAUAAUUUAACUUUCGAAAAUUACUUUCAUUUCGUUUUCAAAUACUAUUGCACAAGCCAAGAUGGUGGUCGGCUUUGAGAAGGCAGCUUCCGCUACCAAAUCCGUCAUGUCAUCCGGCAAAAAGACGCCUGCUACUCUCUCCUCGGACUCUGUCAUCAACUUUGCUCGUGGUGAUCCUACGAUGUACCAUUCAUACUGGAGCAAGUUGGGAGACAGGUGUACGAUGGUGAUCCCCGGCAAUGAUUUGAUGAGCUACUUCAGCGACGCGGGGAACUUGUGCUGGUUUUUUAUGCCAGAGCUGGAUCAUGCCGUCAGGAGAUUGCACCGUGUGGUUGGGAAUGCGGUCGCUGAUGAUGAUCGAUUCAUCGUGGUGGGAACUGGCUCAACCCAGCUCUUCCAGGCCUUGCUCUAUGCUCUCUCUUCUCCUGAUGAGCCUGAGCCCAUCAGUGUGGUAGCCGCUGCCCCUUUCUACUCGUCAUAUCCGGAGGAGACGGAGUUCCUGCGCUCAGGGCUGUACAAAUGGGCAGGUGAUGCAUACUCCUUUGAUAAAGAUGGACCUUACAUAGAGGUGGUCACUUCACCCAACAACCCUGAUGGCGCAAUUCGAGAAGCUGUGGUGAAUCGCGAAGGUGGCAAACUUGUUUAUGACCUAGCUUACUACUGGCCUCAAUACACGCCCAUUACUCAUAGGGCUGACUACGAUGUUAUGCUCUUUACCUUCUCCAAAGCCACGGGACAUGCUGGCUCUCGCAUUGGUUGGGCUAUUGUUAAGAAUAAAGAAGUAGCCACCAAGAUGGUUAAGUUCAUAGAGCUGAGCAGCAUUGGGGUAUCCAAAGAAUCCCAGCUCCGGGCUGCGAAAAUUCUAGGAGUGAUCAGCGACGACUGCCAGGAUUCUGGGCCUAACAAAGAAGAAACUUUAUUUGAAUAUGGACAGCGCCUCUUGUCUGAAAGAUGGGAAAGGCUGCGGGAAGUGGUUGAACGUAAUGGAGUUUUCAGUCUGCCCAAGUACCCGCAAGAUUAUUGCAACUUCAGUGGAAAAUACACUGAUCCCAGCCCUGCCUUUGCAUGGUUGAGGAGCAAGGAAGGCUUGAACUGCGACAAUCUCUUGAGAGAGCAUAACAUAGUCACAAGGGGCGGGACGACUUUUGGUGUUGGAUCCAAGUAUACUAGGAUUAGCAUGCUGAGUCCUGAUGAGGAGUUUAACCUAUUCUUGGAGAGGUUGUCAGCCAUCAAAGGGACCGGCAAAGGAAAUUGUUAUUGAUAAAAGGCUGAGGGAGAAAUUAAAAAGUCUUUGAUGAUCGUGGGUGUAUAUGGUAAUGAAACCUUAUGGUACAUGGAACGCAUUUAGACUUUA